UCUCGUCGCUUCACGUCUCAUCCCCUCGCCUCAACUGAAUCGCUCGUCGUUUCUCGUUCCUCUUGUGGUUGGCAGGAGCCGCAGCAGAAGGGAUCGGAGAUGGCCAAGUCGAAGAACCACACGGCGCACAACCAGUCGUACAAGGCGCACAGGAACGGCAUCAAGAAGCCCAAGCGCCAGCGCCAGGCCUCCACCAAGGGGAUGGACCCGAAGUUCCUGAGGAACCUGAGGUACUCGAGGAAGCACAACGUCAAGGCUGGUGAGGGAGAGGUUGAGAAGUAAGAUGGACGAGUUUCUGAUGGUCGAUAUGUCUCGUGUAUCGCUAGGAUCUACUGUUUUGAACCUGUUAAUCCAGUGUUCUGUAUGACCAAAGAAUAUCUAUGUCGUUACCUAAGUUUUGUCAUGCUGCUGGAUUGGAAAUGAUAUUUGCAGCCUUAUGAGAAUUUCUUUAUCCAUAAAAUGUGUCUUUGAAUGCAAUGUUUGUGCAUUGAGCAUUCGAUUUGA